GAUACUCGUAAGGGAAACUAUGAAUUUAGUUCAUGCCAAUAAUUUCUUAUCUUUCUUUCAGCUAAUAAUUGUACAGAUAACUGUACAGCUAGUUGUACAAUUGAGUGUCAAAAUAACGGGACAUGUGCAGGUAAUGAUACAUGUACAUGUACUGACGGAUGGACUGGUGACAUAUGUGAUACUCCUAAUAAUUGUACAGAUAACUGUACUGCUAAUUGUACAAUUGAAUGUCAAAAUAACGGGACAUGUGCAGGUAAUAAUACAUGUACACGCGCAACUGGUUGGAGUGGAGCAAGAUGUACAAUUGGUUGUACCGGUAUGUUUUCUAAUCAAACUACUUAUACAACUGAUACCAAUCCAAUUUCGCUGGUACUAGCUGAUGUAGAUAGUGACAAUCAACUGGAUAUUAUUGUUGCAAACUAUGGUUCGAAUAACGUUGGUGUUCUUAUCAAUGGAGGCAAUGGCACAUUUCUUGCUCAAAUUACAUAUACAACUGAUACUAAUCCAUACUCAGUGGUAGUAGUUGAUGUAGAUACUGAUGGCAAACUAGAUAUUAUUGUUGCAAACUAUGGUUCGAACACCGUUGGCGUUCUUCUCAAUGCAGGCUCUGGUACAUUUCUUGCUCAAACUAUUUAUACAACUGAUACGAAUCCAAGCUCAGUAGCAGUAGUUGAUGUGAAUAGUGACAGUAAACCAGAUAUUAUUGUUGCAAACUAUGGUUCGAACGACGUUGGCGUUCUUAUCAAUGCAGGCUCUGGUACAUUCCUUGCUCAGACUACUUAUAUAACUGAUACCAAUCCAAUCUCAGUAGCAGUAGUUGAUGUGAAUAGUGACAACCAACCAGAUAUUAUUGUUGCAAACUAUGGCUCAAAUGACGUUGGUGUUC